CAAUGGAGACGCAGUGGCCUCGAGGCGGCGUUGGCUAGGGUCUGGAGAAAGGCGGGGUUAGUGUUGCCAGAGUAACCGGAUCAUUGGUCGUGUUGUCUUCCUGUCUAGAGAUAACCAUUUCCUGUGCUGAGAUCCACAAACUAUGCGUGCAGCCUCAUACCGACGAGGUGGUGCCUCAACACUGACGGAAUCCGAGUCUCCCUGAACACUGGAGUCUUUUCUCACAAGUGGCCGAGCUCUGCCUUGCAUCGCCUACCAAGACCGUUUGAUAAUAGAUGUCUGCUGGCUCAGCUUCUAGUUAACUGCAUACUCUCCAGGUCUCUGUGUUUUAGCAGCAGCCUGCACUGCAUCAUCUGGCAGUAUGAAAGCUGGUCAGCAGGGAAGAAGCUUACAGCCCAGUUCCAGUUUGGCUACUCUGUAUCUUGCACCCAAGAAUCAGAGUGAGAGGUUUGCUUUCCUUACAGAGUGGUACGAUCCCAACGCCUCACUGCUCCGACGCUACGAGCUUCUGUUUUACCCCGCAGAUGGAACUGUUGAAAUGCAUGAUGUAAAGCAUCGUCGUACCUUCUUAAAGCGGACCAAGUAUGACGACCUGCGCGUGGAAGAUUUGUUUAUAGGCAACAAAGUGAAUGUCUUUUCUCGACAACUGCUGUUGAUUGACUAUGGGGACCAAUACACAGCUCGCCAGCUGGGCAGUAGGAAAGAGAAAACAUUAGCCCUGAUCAAACCAGAUGCAGUAUCAAAAGCUGGAAAAAUAAUUGAAAUGAUAAUCAAAGCUGGAUUUACUAUAACUAAACUCCGAAUGAUGACACUUUCAAGGAAAGAAGCAACAGACUUUCUUGUAGACCACCACUCAAAGCCUUUUUAUAACGAAGUGAUCCAGUUUAUUACAAGUGGGCCUGUUAUUGCCAUGGAGAUUUUAAAAGAUGAUGCGAUCUGUGAGUGGAAAAGAUUGCUUGGACCCGCAAACUCUAACCUAGCUCAUACAGAUGCCCCCGGAAGCAUCAGAGCCGUCUUUGGGACAGAUAGCAUAAGAAACGCGGCUCAUGGCCCUGAUUCUUUUGCAUCUGCUGCCAGAGAAAUGGAAUUAUUUUUUCCUUCAAGUGGAGGCUGUGGACCAGCAAACACUGCUAAAUUUACCAACUGUACCUGUUGCAUUGUGAAGCCCCAUGCCAUCAGUGAAGGACUGUUGGGAAAGAUCUUAAUAGCUAUUCAAAAUGCAUGUUUUGAAAUCUCAGCGAUGCAGAUGUUUAAUAUGGAUCGGGUUAAUGUUGAAGAAUUCUAUGAAGUUUAUAAAGGUGUAGUGCCUGAGUAUAAUGAUAUGGUGACAGAAAUGUGCUCUGGCUCUUGCGUGGCAAUGGAGAUCCAACAGAACAACAAUUCUAAAAAGACUUUUCGAGAAUUCUGUGGACCUGCUGAUCCUGAAAUCGCCCGGCAUUUACGUCCUAAGACCCUCAGAGCAAUCUUUGGUAAAACGAAGAGUCAGAAUGCUGUUCACUGUACAGAUCUGCCAGAGGAUGGGCUCCUAGAGGUCCAGUAUUUCUUCAAGAUCUUGGAUAAUUAACACUACAGAGAAUAAAGACGACACAGACUGAGACACUCAGACAAGCGAGUCAUACACGUGAGGAAUGUGUUCAUUCUUUUAUUGUCCGUUGUUUUAACCUGACUGACACAAGAUCAACAAGAGCACUGUACUCCUGGCAACUAUUACAUAUGUUAGAACAUGGAUUUGCACUGUAGACAACAUUUAACACCAGUCUAUGGGGUACUGCAUUGCUUUUUAUAAAGUUCAAAAUAAAGAUUUUAUUUUCAAACAA